GCAGGUGCUUACUACCAGAAUAGUUUCCAGCUCCGUUGUAGGAAACCUCAAUAAAAAUGUCUAAGCUCUUUAUCGGCGGCCUUGCCUGGCACACCACUGACGAGACCCUCCGUGAGGGAUUCUCGCAAUAUGGAACAAUCGAAGAAGCCAUUGUUGUCAAGGACCAUGACACCCACCGCAGCCGUGGAUUCGGAUUCGUCCGCUUCGCCUCUGAUGCUGAGGCCGACGCUGCCAUGAACGCCAUGAACAACCAGGAAUUCGACGGCCGUGUCAUCCGUGUCGACAAAGCCUCGGAGUCGAGACCGCGCAUGGGUGGUGGUGGUGGUUUCCACGGACGCGGUGGCUACAACCGUGGCUACAACGGCGGCGGCUGGCGUUCCCAGCAGCAGGAGCCUGAGGCUGCAGAGUAAGCUACGCAAGCUAUUAUAGCAUUGCCGAUGGCUUACUACGGACCGGUCUCUUGUCCUAUUCUUCAUUUCUUUUCACGAUUUUUUCCCUCUUUCUCGCAUGUCAGCUGCUGUUAGUCCCUUCGGACAUAAAGUUUGGGAUAAAACCCCGGGCGCAUGCUACCCAGCUUUUAUGAUGGUGACUUACGACGAAACGACCCCUAUCUCUUGUUUCUUUCCGUUAUUGUUUUCCCCUCUCACGCCAGUUCAUUGCGAUAAUGACAUCUCUCUCGUGGUUUGAUAUGGUUUCGCAUCGCGUGGCUUUAAAUCAAUUGUUUCUGACGUCGUUUACUCGGGUCAUGGUUGACAUGUAUGUAAUCUGGCUUAUGUUAACACCUGAUUUGAGGCCGGUGGGAAAGUGGUCUAGCGAAAGCAAUCAGUGCUC